GCUUCAACUCAUCCAUCGCUCCAAAAAAAACACACAUUUCAAGGUCAUCGGAAAAACUUCGCCGGAGCAGAGCAGAGAUGUUUCCUUCCUCCGACAACUCUUUCUCCCCGUCGUCGCUGUUCUCAGCGUACGCAUCCCUCACCGGAUUCCUGAUGCUCUUCAGAUCGAUGCUCCACGACUUCGUCCCGGAGCAACUCCGAACCUACUUCUCAACACUACUCGACCGGUUCUUCACUCCCAAAUCAAAGACCCUCACUAUCAUCAUCGACGAGAACUUCGGUUCUAACCGGAACCAAGUCUUCGACGCCGCGGAGCUCUACCUCCGCAGCAAGAUCGGACCGGAGACGGAGCGGUUACGCGUCGGGAAGACCCCGAAGCAGAAGCACUUCACCAUCUCGAUCGAGAAAGGAGAGGAGAUCGUGGACUCCUUCGAGGGCUCCGAGGUGAGGUGGAGCUACGUUCAGUCGGAGAAGGAGAAGGGAGAGCAAGCGAAGCGCUACUACGAGCUCACGUUCGAGAAGAAGCUUAGAGAGAGAGUCACGGGGUCUUACCUGGCCCACGUGGUCGCGGAGUCUGAAGAGAUCAAGAGAAGCCUGAGAGUGGUGAAGCUGUACAGCCAAGAUUUGUACGUUACCGAUGAUGAUGACGGAUGUGCGGGUGGGAACUGGGGUUGUAUCAGCCUCGAGCAUCCUUCCACGUUCGAGACUUUAGCUAUGGACCCGGUUGCUAAGAAGAAGAUCGUAGAUGACUUGGAUAGGUUUCUGAAGAGGAAGGAGUUUUACAAAAGAGUUGGUAAAGCGUGGAAACGAGGCUACUUGCUGUAUGGACCGCCAGGAACGGGGAAAUCAAGUUUGAUCGCGGCGAUGGCUAACUACCUGAAGUUUGAUGUGUUUGAUCUCGAGCUCAGUAGUAUCUACGACAACGGUGAACUGAAGAGAGUUUUGUUAUCCACCACGAAUCGGUCGAUCUUGGUGAUCGAGGAUAUUGAUUGCAGUGCUGAGGUCAGAGACAGAGAAGCUGAGGAGGAUAAUCAAGAAAGCAAAGUGAAUAAAGGAAGGGUGACUUUGUCAGGGAUUCUCAACUUCAUCGAUGGGUUAUGGUCGAGUUUCGGAGACGAGAGGAUCAUCGUGUUCACGACUAACCACAAAGAUAGGCUUGAUCCCGCGUUGCUACGUCCGGGGAGGAUGGAUGUGCAUAUCAAUAUGUCUUACUGUACGGGUUUAGGGUUUAGGACGUUGGUUUCUAACUACCUUGGUUUAGAUGGUGUAAACCAUCCUCUGUGCGAGGAGAUCGAGAGGUUGGUUGAUUCUACGGAGGUUACUCCUGCUGAGUUGGCUGAAGAGUUGAUGCAGGGUGAUGAUUGCGAUGUUGUUCUUCGUGGAGUGGUUAGCUUUGUUGAGAAGAGGAAGGUAGAGAGAAGCAAGGCCAAGGAGGAGAGUGUUUCUAUUUGUAAAGAAGUUGUAAUUAAGACAGAUGAUUAUGAUGAUGACGAAAAACAGAGUGGUUGUAAUAAUGGUAUGAGGAAUAGGAAGAAGCAAGCUGGUAGACGAAGAGGGAGGGGGACUCGGAAUACUUACUUGUAAGUAGGAAUGUAAUGAAUAAAACCAGUUCAUGGCUCUGUUUUGUUUCUUUCAGUAUCCAGAUUGAAACCUAGUAAAAAAAUUGUAACUGAGUCUAGUUUCAAUUUAUUGGUAAAAUAAAAUUUCUCGGAAUUAUUUUA